AAAAAUACGUCAUUUAUUUACGAAGUUUCUGCGAUAAGUUUAAAACAUUCGAGGAUUAAGUUAUAAAUGUUUUAUUCUAAGAUUUGAUUAUAUUUUAUAUGCAAAUCAAUAGAAAACAACAAUGAGUUGCGUCAGUGAAUUGUCUCAGUCUAAUGAAUAUCUCAGUUUUAGAAGCAGCAUUCCCUUGAGGAAAGUUGUAGUUGACUCAGAUGGAUCCAAGGCUUGGAGAAUUUUCGACAGUGGUCCAAAAUCCGUAAGCUGUCCCUUGAUAUGCCUGCCGCCCGUGUCUGGCACUGCCGAUGUGUUCUACCAGCAAGUGUUAGGGCUCGCUUCAAGGGGGGUUCGAGUUAUAGCUGCAGAACCUCCACCAUACUGGAAUAUUAAGGAAUGGUGCGAUGGCUUUAAAAGACUUAUUGACUACCUUGAACUGGACAAAGUACAUAUUUUCGGAGCUUCCUUAGGUGGAUUCAUAGCACAGAAGUUUGCGGAAUUAACAAGUAACUAUCCUCGGGUGGCUUCUCUUGUCCUGUGCAACACUUUCACAGACACUUCAGUAUUUGAGUACCAUGACUCGUCAGCCCUCUUUUGGCUCCUACCUUCUUUAGUCCUGAAAAGAAUGCUCAUGGGCAAUUUCACAACUGAUAAAGUUGACAAAAGAAUGGCAGAAUCUAUUGACUUCAUGGUUGAAAGACUGGAAUCUUUAAACCAAGCAGAGUUAGCAUCAAGGCUAACUUUGAACUGCACACCUUGUUACAUAAAACCUCAAGCACUCGUCAACAUGCCUAUCACCGUAAUGGAUGUUUGGGAUGAAUGUGCCCUAAGUUCAAGAGUACGGGAGGACCUUUACAAGUCCUACCCUCAAGCUAAACUGGCUCAUUUAAAAAGUGGUGGCAACUUUCCCUAUUUGAGCAGAAGCGAUGAAGUUAACUUGCAUUUAUUAAUCCAUUUGCGACAAUUCGACGGCACGGACCUAUCGGCGUCAUACCUAAGUCUCCACAAAAUGCCAGCAGCAUCAAACUUGAAUCAGCCAGAGGAGGGAUCAGUCAGCUUCUUCAAUCAAAGAGAUAAAAUCGUCAAAAUAUCCUAGAAAGAUACACAUCUAAAAUCCUUAUUAUACUGGUUUGACUUGUUUUGUUUGUUACUAAAUUAUGUAUCAUGUGUUCAUCGAAUUUAUCACCAUUUAUAUUUAAGGCUUAAUAGUUCAUAAAUAUUCCAUCUUUAUAAUGUAAGUAGCAUGAACCUUUUGGUAAACAAGUUUAUAUUUGUACAUGUUGGGUUUCAACUAUAUUCAUUUAUUUAUACAACAUCAAUCUUUUCUUUUUCGAGAGUAUAAGAAAAUCAUUCAAAUGAAUUUGUUUUUGUUUCUUUAAGGAACAAUAAUUGUUUAAUUUCAAUGGUUGUUAAUAUCUUUUUUAAUCAUUUUUCUUGAUCAAAAAUAUAUUUUUGAUUGUAAUAUUGUUUAAGGAAGAAUAAAUCAUAAACUUCUUCAAUUGGCCUUUAUUGCAAAUAAAUAAUGCAUCAAAGUCAAACUGGUUUGGCAAGAUGCAUGCUGGAAAAUUCACCUGAAGCCUUAAAAAAGUGUCACUUGUUAUUGCAGCUAAAAUUCAUCAUCAAUAAAAAGAGAUAUUCAUAAUAUCGCAUCUAACGUACAUUUGAAUCUUCUCUGCCAAAAUAGUAAUGUAGGGUCAAGUUCAUUGAACUGUUAAAAAAGAAUAAGUAACGUAAAUAGAUAAGGUCCGUUCAGAUAACAUUCCAACUACCUAACCUUGUAUUUAAUAGCCUAGUAUAUCGUAAAUAUCAUCUCGUAUAAGAUUUAGAAUAAAACUUAAUAGAAGCUUAUGAUAUGAGACUUAUGUUUAUUAUGUUCGAAAUGUAGGCUAGAUAUUUAGCUUAUACCUAGAUUGUUGUGGUGAAGAAAAUAAAUAUAUUUAUAUUUUUUAAGUUUAUUUUUAUUUUCUCCAGAGUUAUUUCACAAUAAAUAACUUAAGAUGACCAACUAAUGAGAUAUGAUUUGUUUUAAAAAUAUUGCGUAUCUGUACAUUAACAUUUUAUAACACUUGGAACUGACUGUAUUGUACAAUGUAUGAAAAUAAAUGCAUUUUAUUGCA